CCUACGAUCAUCUACAAUCAUUUCGUAUUUAUCAAAUCGUAUCGGAUCGUAUCGUAUCGAACAAAAUAUAGAAUCAAUUUAAUAAAGGAAUAGGUGAAAAGUGCGAAAAGUAAAAGUGCUACGAAAUAUCGUGAAGAAGAUGAAAGAUGAAAGUUUACUGAUGUAGUCUUCCAGAUAGAUGAUACAAUAACAAAAAAUAGGCAACAGAUGCAUUUAACUUUAGAUGGUGCAAGAAUGCAAUUUUCAUUUAAAGAUCUUUCUUUAAAGUACCACGCUUGUCCCGUUUGUCUGUAACUGCAGGAACAGAACCGAACAUAAAGUGUUUUAGAUGUACAAAUGGUAGAACAAGUGGUGACUCAGCAAUUUUGUUGAUGUGAUUACGUCACAGAACAUUGUGUGAAAGCUGGUGGCCCAAGGCAACACUUUCCUAUUGCUCAUUGAAGAAUGUUUGUUAAACCAUAGUGUUUUCGCAAUAGCAGCAAUCAAAGUUGACCACAGCAUGGAUACGCUUACGACGGGUAUUAUCACCGCUGAGGACGUACAGUUGGUUAUGGCUAGGAGCAUACAAGCCUCGUCGCAUGUCGUAUCGUACGGCUUGAAACGAAUAAGCGAUGAACCCAUCGGAUAUCUGGCAGACCACUUCAUCCUAGCGGUGGAUGUUGAAGAGAAAUUAGUGCAAACGAAGCGAGAGCAUGCAGAAGAACGUGACACAUCCUCUACAAGCACCGAUGCAAACAUUGCAACUGGCAGCCAAAGCAAAUCCUUCUUCGUAAAGAUGCUACCGGAGAAAAACCCAAAGCUGGCCGAGUACAUAGCUGAGAUGAAUUGUUUCAAGAAGGAAAUUUUCGUGUACAGCAAGCUGUUGCCAGAGCUAGCUCGGCACUGUCAUGGCAUUGGGAACGUAGUGGCCAACACCUACCUUACGAAGCAAACGAAUCUGAUUGUUUUCGAAAACUUGAAGCAGCAAGGCUACAGCAUGAUGGUGGAUCGGGGGACAAGUUUACUUAAUCAGGCGCACAUUGAGAUUGCCUUACGGACGAUCGCAAAAUUACACGCAAUGUCGUUAAUAUAUGAAGAACGUACCAAAACAACGUUAGCUGAAGUAACGGCCAAGCUUUCUGGGGACAGUGGAGCAUGUAUGCUAGAGGAAAACGUGUACGUUAAUCAGGAUGCGUACGUGCGAACUACAAACAUAGAGAAUUGCAUACAGGUGAUGUGUGAAGUAGCGAAAAGGAUUGAUAAGUAUCGAAAUUCAGACCGGCUGGAAUUCAUACUGAAACGUAUCCCACUGGUAGUACGACGAAUUUAUGACCUGGCCAAGCCAUCGACCAUGUUCCGCAACGUGUUAAACCAUGGAGAUUUGUGGUGUAACAACAUCUUGUUUAAGUACGAAGCAAAAGUAAAUGGAACUAAAACAGUUCAACCUAUCGAUGCAAAGUUGGUGGACUUUCAGUUUUCGCGAAUCGCACCACCGGCAUACGACGUGAUGGCUCUCAUUAUGAUAUCAACGCUGAGCGGAUUUCGGGAACCGCUGCUAGACCACUGGAAGGAUUUGUACUACACCAGUUUGGCUUCACAUUUGACGACAAACCAGCUGGAGGUGGAGAAAGUUUUACCAAAAUCCAAGUUUCUCGACUCCUGUGCACACUACCAUCUGGCCGGAUUGAUCGAAAGCUGUAUGUACUUUCACUGGCCACCCGAACCAGAUUGUUACGAGCGGGAUGAUAGUACGGAAGAUGAUUUUGAUUGCAAAAACAAUUCCAGCGUGUUCGUGAGGGCCAGCAUACGAGGGUUCGAAAAGUAUGAACAGUAUCGUACACGCAUUAGUGAUAUGAUCACCCAAAUUGUUGACAAGUACGUGCUAGAACAAUAAACCGUUUUGUUCGUUAAAUGUUGAAAAUGUGAAAAGGAACGCACAGCAAUCAAUUGGGUGCAUUGUUUUGAUCUAAUUCCUUGGAUCAAAUGGUUUACACAAAGUUAUCGUAAAGAGUAAUGUAAAAGACAGUGUAGAAUAAUAUAUAACAUGAUGUGAAUAUACAUAGAUGUUGUCGAAUUUAUAUAAAACAUAUACACUACUUAAUGAGGCUUCAAGAAUGUUAUACUAACAAAAAGAACAUAUAUUUUUUAGUAAAGAAUCUAUAAAUAAAACGAUAAUU